CGCACAGGAGGAGAAUCCCAGCGCUCGCGUCACCCGCGCCAGUGGGCGUGGCGUCGCUCCGCUUCAUUCAUAAAGUCCGGCUGCCAUGAGGAUGAGAUGUAACGCGCUGCUGGAGCGUCGUGCCAUUGGCGAGCGCUGAUAACGCGUCCCUCGUUCGGACAGCAUGAAUUACACAUAGGCGUCUCACACAUGCUUCUGGACCAUGAGUGAUGAGUCUCCGUUACAGACGCGCCUCACCACUGACGUGCCGCUGGCAUCCGGCUCUCAGGAGAACUAUGUCCUGCUGCUGGUGCUGCUGUGUGUGUUCGCCGGCGGGACGCUGGUCCUCCUGUCCAUCCUGCUGGUCUUCUGUCAUCGCUGCUGUCGAGGAGAGCGACGCUAUUCCAGAGCCAGUGAUGAUCUGGAGAAAACCAACACCACAUACAUAGAGGAGAGUCAGCCGACGCAAGAUGUCACGAUCAGACUCGAGAGCGGCGAGUCGCUGUCUUCUUCCAGCUGUCAUGACGAUACGGACGCGGAUCACUUCCCGUCUGCGUCGGUCACCGGAAGACGGGUCUCUUUCAACGAGGCCGCCAUCUAUGAGCAGAGCGCCAAAGACCAGGAGACAGGUCGAAGGUACACGCUGACGGAGGGCGACUUCCAUCACCUGAAGAAAGCUCGUCUGACGCACCUGCAGCCGCCGGCGCUGAAGAUCCUCACCAUCAUGGAGUGCGAUUCACCGGAGAACAGCGUGGCGCUCCGCGAACAGCCCUCACAACACCCAUCCCUCUCCAUAUUCCAGCCGGUGGAGGGUCCCGUGCCGGAGCCUGCAGGAUUGUGGAGCGCUCAGAGCCCCAGCAGUGCUCUGCCUGGAAACACACUGAACACCAGCCCCAAACACACCGCCAAACCAACCCGAUCACACACCAUUGAGGUAAUGAACAGAAGCCUGCUGAUGGACAGAUAUUCCACUUCCUGUCCGGCUCAGGGCACCAUGUUCCACUUCCUGUCUAAGCUCAGACGCCACGCCAGUCUGGAGGGAGCGGGUCCGUUCUUCAGCGUCAAGAAAUGGAGACGAGACACCAUCCAGAGAGCGGCGAGUCUCGACACGAGAGGUUCUCCGCGGAGACGUGCGUUUCAGAGGCAGCGGGCGGCCAGCGAGACUCUGGAUCAGGGAGAAGAAACCUUGCACGGUGGAGUCAGUGACUUCUUGUUGCGUAAAACCACCGCACAGCCACAGAAGGAGCCGCCAAGACGCCUCUCGGCCGGUUCUUUGGAUACCACCGCAGGAGCUCCUCCUGCCCUCAGCAGGUUAGAGGUAGAAGCCGUAAUGGAGCUCAGAGUCAACACAGAUGCAGUGAAAGACACAACUCCAACAUUGCCCUCAUCCCAAGGACCUCUGCAAGUGGAGGAUGGUGAAGAGGAUGGACAGGGGAUGAUGGCAGGAGCAUCAGGAGGCGACACUGAAGAGUUUGGACCAGUGAGUCGUCAGGAGAGCCUAGAGCAGCCCAGCCUGUACCGUGACAUCUGGAGCCUGAGAGCGUCGCUGGAGCAGUACACAUCCUCCGACCUGAGCAGCAACGACAGGGACUCUACUCGCAGCGAUGCCGACAGCGUUUGCUCAGCGGGAGCAUCGAGAGUGGGCAUUCCCAGCUACCAGUCGCAAGACAUUGAUGAUGAUCUAGAAGGGGACAGCGAGCUUCCAUAUGACGACAUGGUCAGGGAAGCCGGGCAGAGGAGAAAUGGACUGGACAGCGUAGACUCUGAGAGAGGCAGCGACGGAGAGACAAACAACCGGAAGCUUCUGCAGAUGGACAGUGGAUACGCCUCAAUCGAGGCUCCUUGCAAGGCUCCGGAGGAAUUCAGAUUGUUCGGGAGUAGCUCUGGAAAGACCGCAUCAGAACGUCGCCGCUUUUUCACCAAUUCUGGACGCAAAGGCACGGUUUGUGAGAGUUUUGAAGCACGGUUGUUCAAGGAGGAGCUGGAAGACGAGGCAUCGGAGAGCAGCGUAAGUUUGGAGGCAGACACUCCUGCAUCGGUUUCCCACCAAGAACCCGUGACCAAACCCAGGCCACACUUCCGCCGCAGAGACUACAGCAUCGAUGAGAAGACGGAGGCGCUGUUUAAUGAAUUCCUACGCCAUGACCCCCAGUUUGACCAGCAGGGCUCGCCCUCCUUGCGUCACCGGCACCGCUCCCGAAUCCAUCUCAGGAAGCAGUGGCAGCGCAGCAAGCAGUACAGCGACCCCGGUGCCGCUCGAUACUCACCAUCUCUGGAGCGACAGCGCUGCUACCCGCUACGCCGAGGCGACAGCGCCAACUACCCCUUAGACACGCGCUACCACAGUACCUUGCCUCGCAUCGCUAGCGCCGCGGACGAGGAGGCCAGCGAGGGAGCAGCGAGUACGGAAUCGCCCGAGCCAGAAAAAUCCGGCCCAGAGCUGGAGGGUGCUGGUCCGCCCUCAGAAACAGGCAGUUCUGGUCCAGACCUGGAGGAAAACGCAAACAACAGCAGCAACAACACAAGCCGACAUUUCUUUUCAUCCCAAAUGCAGGACAACAGUGCCAGGCAUUCUGGGAGACUGGAGGUCUUGGGAACAAAUGCUCAUCCCGCAGAUUCACAAAAACAUUCACAGAUGGACCGUGGUGGACCAAUGACUACAUUUAGUUCUCAUUUGCAUUCACAUACACACACAGUCAUGCCGGAUCCCACUGAUCCGGAUCAGAACUCGGACUACACGCUUCACACUCUCUCUGACAUCAGUCCGUCAGACAAACUGGCAUCCACACUGGACGAUCGGCUCUACUCUAACCUGAGGAUUCAAAGAGGGAGUCAAGAGUGUGUCGUGACUGUAAGCCACACCUCACCAGAUCUAGAAGAAUAAAGGGCCGUUCGCACUAAGAACAAUAACUAUGACCAUGAAGUUGCAUUAAUCGCUCUGACUCUAAGAGAACUGUGAAGUCCACACCACAGCUAUAACGAUAAUGAUACAGAUGAACGAUAUAGUUGGAAUCAUGUUCAUAACGCAAUCUGACUUUAACUUGAGCAUUUAAAGUCCACAAGUGGCAUAAACAGAACGUUAUUGUCUGUUGGUGUGGACACUAAUAUAGUUAACGUUAUAGUUAUUGUACAGAAAAGUUUGGAUCGUGUUUGAAACGGUAUAGUGCCACCUAUUGGUCAAGUCUGUUUUUUGGAUGUCAGCAACUCCUUUUUCCAUCGACAGGGUGCUGGGGCCGGGCAUCUAAUGUCCUCAUCAUGUAAAGAACAAGAACUCGAUCUGACACAAAUCUAGAUCACGGCCAUUAUAAUGAACAAACACCCCGCUUCCAUGUACGUCACAUUGCACUGCAGCACUAGACACGUUCUAUUUGCAAUCCAAAAUGGAGAAUGCAUUACUAUGAAUUUGAAAGACUUGGCCGUGAUUAUUUGUGGGCAGCUUGUGCUCGUCAUUCAGUUUUCAGUGAGUUCUGUAGAUCCCGCAGCUCGGCACCAGCACCGUUCCCGUGGAAGAAGAACAGCAAACAUCACGUUUAGAGAAAUGACGGUCAUGCUACUUCAGUAGAACAUGAAACAGAAUGAAUCCCAAGCAUGCUGUCUAAUGGGAACAUUAGCAAUAAACACACACACAUAAAGGAUGAGGUGUGUUCUUGGCAUAUGGAGUCAAGUAUAAGCCCUGGUACACUAACCAUCGGCAAACAGUCAUUAUUUUAGCGAAUCUGUUUGGUGACAGAACUCACACACUUCACCAGAGUACAUGUAAGAGUUUAAACAGUGUGAACACAUCCAUCCAAGAUGAAAUGAUAGAAACCCUCAUAUAACUUCAUCUCAUCUAGACGGAUCUGCAGUCAAACUAACUUUCACUGUGAAACAAACUGCAGCCGUUUGGUGCUUUGAGUCGCAUUUCAGCCAAGACUCGAUUAGAAUCAGCACUGAACAUCUGUAAAUAAACAGAUCUAGAACACUUUCUGUGAUGUGCUUCAGGCAGUGAAGGCUGACCUUCAUCAGAAUUUACUGCGGUUAAUAGAGAUCUUAUAUAUCCCAUAAUGCACUGUUCCUCAUCUCAUCAUCAAACUAUAGCAAUUCAGCCUUGUACAAGGGUCUCAGUUAUUUCAGAACAUCAUGAGUACUUGUUAUUAAAUCACUGAUGGUAAGAAGAUCAGUGCUCAGUAUCUCAGUUUUCAUAUCAUACAACUACUAGGAUCAUAAAUGUGUCUUGAAUCAUUUAUUCCAAUCCAGAUCAUGCUCAGCAUUGGAGAACGCGGGGUAGGUGUAGGUGAUUGUAUAUACAUGUACAUCUAGAUCACUCUGAACUGUCAUUUUUAAAUUAUAAUUCCUUUGCAAUAAAGGUACGUUUGUUGGGUUUAUGCAAAAAUCACAUUUAUUGGGGAAAAAAACUGAAAACAAUCAGGCUGACUGAUUUAAAUGAGACGACGUAUACAAAAAUGAAAUGAUUGCUUUUACACAAUAAUCACUCAAAAAAUUUAGAAAAAUCUUGUUUGGAAACAAAAAGGCUCACGGUGAAGUAUUACUUUAACCUCCAAAAAACAAACUGAUAGAAGCAUGUUGGGUAGUUUACAACUACAUUAGUUAUAUAGUCUAGUGAGCUAGAAUUAGAAUGUUGUGUUAAUGGCUCGAUGCCGUUCUUGAACACGGAUAUGUUUUUUUUAGUUAUAUUUAUGGUCUUUUUAUGCCUUUACUGUGAGAGGACAGUAGAGAGCUGACA